AAAUUCCUAUGCAGACUUCAUAGCCUUCCUGUAGUCACACGGUGAUUCCAGCAGGGAUAUAGCAUGAUAGUGAGCCUCCGUCCAGCUGCACGCACCCUAGCUCUCAUCGUAGCCUUUUUUUCCUGUUGACUCCGCGCUCCGCCACGUUGUUCCCUACGUGUAUGUCGCAUUCUCCUGCGCACCACCAACGUUAUGUUUGUGAUGAGGCGGGAAAUGGCGUCCACAGACAUGGGUGAUCAGUGACUAGCUACCGAGCGACACACAGCUGGCAGCAACAACCACGGCCAGGCCCCUACCGGUGGCCGCCACGGUCGCGGCCGAGAGCUGACAACGCCGCGGCAACAUUUGAGGAGCUCCUUAAAUCAUUAAUUUUUCUAUGUGACGUCGGAGCAUGAUGAGGCUGAGAGUGCGUAAAGCUCCUCAGCAGCCGAACAUAGGCCGUCGAACACAUCCGUCCCAGGCCAAACGGAAACACUGUGAAGUGGAGCCAUCCCCGGUUAGAGGCCGAGGCAAAAUGCAGAAGAAUGAAACCGGCCUGUUCUCCACUAUAAAGAAAUUCAUCCGUGGAAAUGCCGUCAAGGUGGAUCAUGAAAUUCCCCCCAAAAGGAGUCGUAUGGAUUGUAAUUCUGACAGCGAACUAAUCACUUCAACACCACAGACCAGAGGCCUUGCCAAUAAACCGGUGCCCAGAGUCUGCAGGAAAAGUCCAAAUAAAGACACAAUGACCUGCAAUAGUAAACCUAUUAAACCUAAUGGGAAACUGGAGGCCGCAGUCGAGGCAGCAAGCAGCCCGCCACGCACCACCCUGCUGGGAACCAUCUUCUCCCCAGUCUUCAACUUUUUCUCACCAGCAACAAAAACUGCCACUCCUGGUUCAGACUCUCCAGGCCAAGCGAUGGAGGCAGAGGAGAUCAUGAAACAGCUGGACAUCGAGCAGGCUGAAGAAAUGCCGAGCAGCACUCUCACAUCCACAGAGAGCAUCACCCCGUGUCACAUAGCCCCAAUUUUACCGCAGAGGCUUCAGAUGACCUCAGAUACGACCAUAGAAGAAGGAGAAAUCGUCACUGAGACUGACAUGCCACCACUAACAGCAGUUCCUGGUUGUAUGCCAGAUGGUGGCUACUCACACACGUUACCUCCAGUUCCUGCAGAAACCUCAUACGAUGAGGAUUGGGAAGUUUUUGAUCCGUACUUCUUCAUCAAGCAUGUGCCUCCGCUGACAGAAGAGCAGUUAACACGUAAACCAGCGCUACCUUUAAAAACACGCAGCACGCCGGAGUUUUCUCUUGUCCUGGACCUGGACGAAACUUUGGUCCACUGUAGUUUAAAUGAGCUAGAAGAUGCAGCUCUGACAUUCCCUGUGCUCUUUCAAGAUGUUAUAUACCAGGUUUAUGUUCGGUUGAGGCCCUUUUUCCGUGAGUUUCUUGAACGCAUGUCUCAAAAGUAUGAGAUUAUUCUCUUCACGGCGUCAAAGAAAGUCUACGCUGACAAGCUGCUCAACAUCCUGGAUCCGAAGAAACAGUUGGUCAGGCACAGAUUAUUUCGUGAGCACUGCGUCUGCGUUCAAGGAAAUUACAUUAAAGAUCUGAACAUCCUCGGACGAGAUCUUUCCAAGACGAUAAUAAUAGACAACUCACCUCAAGCCUUCGCCUACCAGCUGUCCAAUGGGAUCCCUAUUGAGAGCUGGUUUGUGGAUAGAAAUGACAAUGAACUCCUGAAGCUCGUCCCUUUCCUUGAGAAGCUGGUGGAGCUGAAUGAAGAUGUCAGACCGCACAUCCGAGAACAGUUUCGUUUGCACGACCUCCUUCCUCCAGACUGAAGAACUGACGUUUGUCUUUCAUGUCCAAGAUGGUGUCAACAUUGGAAAAAACCCCCAGAAGAAAACGCUCAAUGGAUUACUCUUUGCAAACAAAGCAUUGCCAUUUGAAAUAUGACUUUUUUAGUUCUUAAAUCAUGCAAAAAAAAAAAGAGCUAUGUUUGAGUCAAAAAGCCCUGGAUGUUUUUGAGCCAGACUGAGAACAAACAGGUCUGCUCACUGCGGCAGACUUCCAAUUUUUGCUCGCUUAUUUUUAUUCCAAGGUUUGCUGACGACCUCCUGGAAGGUAUUUUGUCUUUUUAAAGAACCAUUUUGGAUUGACUAAACUGAAUGUCAUGCGGUGUUGGAUUAUAUGGACCUUGAACGGCCAGUCACACUUGUAUCAUAUUCACUCUAUUUACUUGUAAAUAUUGUAAAUAUUUUUUUUUUCUUUAAGGUUUUUAAGUCGUUUUUAUUUUCACUUCAGGUUUUAGUAUGUAUUCUCUGAUCGGGUUGCUUUUAUAAGCCGAUAAAAUGUGUGUUUUGUUUGAAGUUGUUGAUAAAACAGCUGCUUUUCUGUUGUAUGCCUGCAUUAUUCCUGUGAUGCUUUACUUCAUUACAUGCAGCUGUCUGUAAUAAGGUGCAGUUUUCUUUAUAUAAAAAAAGUAUCUUUGGGAGGAAAAUGUUUCUGAAACAAUAUUUUAAAAUUGUAUGUAAUGUACGCUAGAAUAGGGUCUGAACUGAAUACAAAGCCAUAAUGGCUGAAUUAUAAUUUUUGAGAUUUC